GAUGCUUCGCCUCGGGCGGGGAACGGGGGGGCCGGGUUUCGGGGUUCCCCCCCGCCCCAUCUCGACGCUCUCGGAAUGAGGCACGGGAAGGAGAAGGAAGCCAGAAUCCCUGAGGUGCCUCAAUUGCUGAUUUUUCCUUUUAAUACUGGAGUAUGCUUUGUGGGCUCUAUAAGGCAUAUUUUUAUUAAAUGAAAUCUUCUAAUAAAAACGGUGCUAUGGUGUUUUAACAAACUGUAUCACGCUUCUGCCUGAUUCCAUCUCGCUGAGGUGCUACUAAUGUAUAUAUGAAACUAGGGAACCAAGAAAAAAAACAAAAAAAAACAACAAAAAAAAAGCAAUGUCGUUGAGAAGGAAGUUUACUUUUCCGGAGCGACAGCUCGAAGCGUGCCGGGAGCCGGUUGGGUUUAUGCAAACUGAAAUCGGUGCCGCGUCGGAGGCGUCCCGCCGACCGGGCUCGUGGUGGAGCCGUUCCCCUCUGGUGCGGGGCCGGGGUGCUGGCAGGAGAGCCGUGUGCGGAUGUGGUGCUUGGACGAGGUGCUCAGCUGCGGCGUUCGGGUGUGGUGCUCGGCCACGCGUCGUGGACAUGGUGCUUGGCCAGGGUGUGCGAACAUGGUGCUCAGCCAUGGUGCUGGACUGCGGGGCUCAGACGUGCGUGGACAUGGUGCUCGGGCACGGUGCUCGGACGUGGUGCGUGGAAACGGUGCUCAGGCACGGUGCUCGGCCACGCAUUGUGGACAUGGUGCUCAGGCGUGGUGCUCGGCCACACAUCGUGGACGUGGUGCUCGGAUGUGGUGCAUGGACACGGUGCUCAUCCAGGGUGUGUGAACAUGGUGCUCGGCCACAGUGCUCGACCACAGUGCUUGGACAUGGUGCAUGGACAUGGUGCUCGGCCACAGUGCUCGACCACGGUGCUUGGACAUGAUGCGUGGACAUGGUGCUUGGGCACGGGGCUUGGGCCACGCAUCAUGGACAUGGCGCUCGGGCAUGGUGCUUGUACAUGGUGAGUGGACAUGGUGCCUGGGCACGGUGCUCGGCCACGCAUCAUGGACAUGGCGCUCAGCCACAGUGCUCAACCACGGUGCUUGGACGUGGUGCGUGGACAUGGUGCUCGGGCACGGUGCUCAACCGUGGUGCUUGGACAUGGUGCGUGGACAUGGUGCUCGGGCACGGUGCUUGGCCACGCAUCAUGGACAUGGUGCUUGGGCAUGGUGCUCAACCGUGGUGCGUGGACAUGGUGCUCGGGCACGGUGCUCAACCGUGGUGCUUGGACAUGGUGCGUGGACAUGGUGCUCGGGCACGGUGCUUGGCCACGCAUCAUGGACAUGGUGCUUGGGCAUGGUGCUCAACCGUGGUGCGUGGACAUGGUGCUCGGGCACGGUGCUCAACCGUGGUGCUUGGACAUGGUGCGUGGACAUGGUGCUCGGGCACGGUGCUUGGCCACGCAUCAUGGACAUGGUGCUCGGGCACGGUGCUCAGAUGUGGCGUGUGAACAUGGUGCUUGGCCGCAGUGCUCGACCGUGGUGCUUGGGCAUGGUGCUUGGGUACGGUGCUCUGCUGUGGUGCUUGGACACAGUGCAUGGACAUGGUGCUCGGGCACGGUGCUCGGCCAUGCACUGUGGACAUGGUGCUCGGUCAUGGUGCUCGGAUGUGGUGUGUGGACAUGGUGCUCGGGCACAGUGCUUGGCCACGCACGAUGGAUGUGGUGCAUGGAACAUGGUGCUCGGCCACGAUACGUGAACAUGGUGCUCGGCCACAGCGUGCAGACACGGUGCUCAGCCAGGGUGUGUGAACAUGGUGCUUGGACAUGGUGCUCAGCAUGGUUCCUGGACAGGGUGCUUGGGCAGGGUGCUCAGCCCGGUGCAUGGGUGUGUUGUGCAUGCACGGUGCACGUGCAUGGUGCACAGGCACGGUGCAAGGGCAUGGUAUGUGGGUACGGUGCUCGGGCACUGUGCAUGACCAUGGUGCUUAGAUGAGGUGGUCAGACACGGUGCACGGGCACGGUGCUUGAACAGGGCGCAUGGGCACGGAGAGGGUGCUCAGGCACGGUGCAAGGGCAUGGUGCAUGGAUGUGGUGCUUGGACACGGUGCUUGGGCAUGCUCCAGAGAUACCGUGCUCAGGCACGGUGCUUGCCCACCAUGCACCAACACGGUGCUCGGGCACGGUGCUCGCCCACCAUGCACGGAUGUGGUGCUCGGGCACGGUGCUCGCCCACCAUGCAUGGA